ACAAGCUGCAAUAGUUUCAUCAUGUGAGCCUGGUUUACUUAAAUGAAGUGUUUCGUCUUAAAAAGGUGUUUUAUAUUUAAUGGUGUUUUACUGAGAGCCUUUUCCAGCAUGUCUUGCCGAGAGAAUCAUGUUAUUUGGAGCUCAGGACCCCUGGAGGCGUACCUGCAUCCUUCUCCAUGGACUCCAGGUGCCACUGUCGUGACCUACAAUCCCCCUAAAACCCCAAACAACCUUUUCCACUUAUCGGAAUCCUUCUUCCUUCGUCUUCUCCUGGGAGCUCGAGUAGUCGGGGAUCUCCUCUGCAAGCGCCUCGGCGUCCAACGCUGCGCUCUCGUUCACAGGCCCGAUCGUGAGGACGGCACACCCGCAAACCUGCUUCUUCUUCCUCUUCAUGGCUUGGAGGACACGUGGAGGCCGCAUCUUGCUCCUGAGGAAGACUUUCAGCCUCAAGAUCCUGGUUAUAUAACUUCGAAAAGCGGCCCACGCUGGACCGAUUGUAACCUGGAAACUGUUAAGGAUAGAAUUCGGGCAAAACUUCCUUCUCUUGAGGCUUCUAUUGACUACACGUUCCUUGGAGAAGCGUCACACCCAGGAUUGUUUUCCCGUAUCGUUCGAGGAGAGGAGAAGCAGUGGAGGGUCUGGGAGGAUGAAGGCCACAUUGCCUUUCUCACACCGUUUCCGAACACUCCAGGGAUCACGGUGGUGAUUCCUCGUAAACCGCUCACCAGUGACAUCCUCCGCCUCGAGGACGGAGAUUACACAGAGCUGGUGCUGGCAAUCCGGAAAGUGGCGAGGCUGUUAGAAGAAGCUCUGGGAGCAUGGGGGGUGGGGGUCAUAUUUGAAGGGUUUGAGAUUGACUACGCUCAUGCUAAACUGAUUCCUCUGGUUUCGUCGCAAGGAAACGUGACGCAGCGCGCAGUGUGUUCAGUACCAGAGUUUUAUGAGUUGUAUCCCGGGUUUGUGAGCUCAGCUAAUGGACCCUCAGCUACUUCUGAACAGUUAAGACAGAUCUAUGACAAAAUCACUAAAACAUCAUAGGACUGAUGUUUAAGUCUAUGUUUCUACUUAAAAAAAUACUUUUCUUUUGUCUUUGUCCUUCUACACAUUUGACUGCAGUUUUGAGGCCUACAUUUUGCAACUGCUCAGUUCAUUGCUUUGACUUGCCUCAACAUUUUAGUGAGCUCAAACUGGACAGCUUUUAAAUCGCAUAUAUACAGAAUUAUCCUUGUUUAAAUACCAAAAUACUUUUAGUUUCCAUUGGUUUUUGCACCAAAAUGAUAUAUUUAUUUGUUAAAAUAAUUAAUCUCAAUGUAAAUUAGGUAUAAUAUUGACCUUCACUGUAUUUAAGUAAACAUCGCUAUCUUUCCUGUAUCUGUGUUAUUCAUGUCAAUUGUUUCAUAUUGCGUUUAAAUGCUGGCAUCUGAUUGGUCAGAAGGUGCCCAAUCACAAGGUGCCCAAUCACAAGUGUAUACAUACUUGCUUGCAAAUUACUUACUAAAUUACAAAUUACAGAUAAAUCUUACCAUUUGGCUAAUCAGGGUUCCCACGCGUCCUGGAAAACCUGGAAAUCCUGGAAAAUUUAUGACCAAUGUUCCAGUCCUGGAAAACACAUGGAAAAUGAAAGAAAACAUAAAUUGUCCUGGAAAAAAUCUUGUUGUCCUGGAAAAUGAUUAUUUUUAAAUAGUGAUGCUCCGAUUGAUUGGCCACCGAUCAUGAUCGGCCGAUAUUGACUAAAAAUAGCUAGAUCGGUGAACCCCAAAAGUGCCGAUCAAAAAAGCCGAUCACGUGACGUAAAUUACUCGCGCGACUUUUUCACACCUGCAUGCACGGCGCACAGGUAAACAACAGCAGAGCGGAGCUUACCAGUGGCAACAUGAGUUCUCCCGUCUGGAAGUUUUUCAAAGUGUCCGAUAAAGACGUAAAGUUAGCCGUUUGCAAUGUAUGUCGUGAUGAAAUCCCUCGAGGUGGAAGCAAGCAACGGCAUUUUAAUACCACUAACAUGAUUAGGCAUCUUAGAACACGCCAUACAACUGAAUAUGCCGAGUAUGAGAAACUAAACCAGCCGAAGCCAACAACGUCCCCAUCCCUCAACCAGCCGACUGUGAGUGA